UCGCGUUUUCGGGAUGGCUGAGGUAGCCCCGGCUCCGGCGAAGAAAGCGGCGGGCGCCGCGAAGGCGCGGAAGCCGGCCGGCUCCAGCGUGACGGAGCUUCUGAUGCAGGCGGUGACGGCUUCCAAGGAACGCGGCGGCAUCUCCUUGGCCGCGCUGAAGAAGUCCCUGGCGGCGUCGGGCUACGACGUGGAGAAGAACAACAGCCGCGUCAAGCUCGUCCUAAAGAGCCUGGUGACCAAGGGGACGCUGCUGCAGACGAAAGGCACGGGAGCUUCGGGCUCCUUCAAGCUCAACAAGAAGCAGGCCGACCCCAAGGACAAGGCGGCCCGCAAGAAGCAGCAGCCGGCGAAAGCCAAGAGCGCCAAGAAGCCCACCAGCGCCGCCGCCAAGAAGGCGAAAAAAGCUCCGGUUGCCGCCGGGGCGAAGAAACCCGUUAAAAAGGCGGUCAAGAAAUCCACCUCGGUGGCCAAAAAACCCAAGCCAAAGGCGAAAAGUCCCGCGAAGCCCCUGAAGGCGAAAGCCAAAGCGAAGCCUAAGGCCGCCACGAAGGCCAAAGCCGCCCCUAAAAAAAAGAAGUGAAACCUCGGGCGGCUUCGCUUUUCAACCCCCAACGGCUCUUUUAAGAGCCACCCAAAUAAGUCUUGGGAAAAGAGUGGAGCACUUGCGGACCGGUGUGAAAACUACGUGUACUCCCUUCGGUUUGCUUUGGAGGGGGAUAUCGCCGGGCGGAAGCAACGGCUAGGUAGCGUGGCCGAGCGGUCUAAGGCGCUGGA